CGCUCUCAUUUCUCAGAUGACAACAAACGGUGGAGGGCCGAAGUAAGCGAGGGGAACUAAGAUAGAUCACAAACUAGAAACUAAAGUUAAACUCAGCCUUUCGCCUUUGGUUAUAGUGCCAAAAUAACGGUGCGCAAUUACGCAUAGAAAAACAAUGAGUGCCACAACAGCAAUGGAAGUGAACAUCGAAGCCCGGCGGAUCCUGGCCGUGUCGAUAAGCAAGCUGUAUGCGUCCAGGACCCAGAGAGGAGGACUGAGACUUCACCGGAGCCUCCUACUCUCCCUGGUCAUGAGGUCUGCCCGGGACAUCUAUCACUCUUCCCGGGAGAGCGAGGGCCCGAGUGGCGCGCAGUCAGCUCCGGAGGAGCCAAUGGACACUAGCUCCAGCCCAGGGGAACAAACCCGGCUACCAGAGCCUCAGCAAGAACCGGCACUUAACUCAGCCGAGACGGCCCCAGAGGAGCCGGACAUCACGGAGGACGUGUGUGAUAGCGAAAUCACAGAGGACAAAGAGAACUUAAGCCCAGCAAAGCAGUCCAGGAAACGUCGGGGCAAGGCGUCGGCGGCGCCUGACUUCCUCCCCAGUAAGAGGGCGAGGCUGGAGCCCGGGGAAGAGAGGUAUGAGGUCCCCCUCGGCAGCUGUCGCACCGGGGAGUCCCUGACCACUUUGUCUCUAAAUCGGGUUAUACCUGCCUUCUGAACAGAUGGAGGGAGAAAAUAGCCUCCAAUGGGGACUUAAGAGCGGAGCGAUUCUCUACUCCUCGUUAACCUAUAAGGGCACUGUGAUCCCUUUGCGCACCGAGGAGCUGACCUACAUCAGCAGUCCCGGGACUGUGAGAUUACCGGGGCACUGGUUCGAGCUCUCCGGUCAAUCACAGUGUGCCUGCCGGGCUUAAAAAGCCCCCACAGAGAACAAAGCACACAAGGAGAAGAAACAGGCCGGUAAGACAGGGUGGAAAGUUUGAGGAAGAAACCGAAGGGGAACUGGUUGUGCUGCUUUUUGUUUCCUGGUGAUUCACCUUCAGUUUAAUGAGUCCAAACAAGUGACUGCUGGUGACUCAAAGUGUGUGUGUGUGAAUCAGCAGAGAGAUUUGAGUCAGAUAGAGAAGGAGUGAAGUGGUUAACAGUUGACCAUAAACCAGCACACACACACACAUACACACAAAACUGGGACUUGAGGGAAUUUCCUGCCCCUACACCUGGAUAUCACACUGAAACACUGUUAAGAGGAAGGACAGUGGAGGCAGACACACUGCUGCACACACAUUUACAUGCUCAUUCAGCUGCUGCUGCUGCUGUGGACUUUGAUAAAUCCAUACUACUGCUUGGGGGGCGGGGGUGUCCUACAUUACUGUGCUCACAUGGCUGUCCACAUGGGGGGGUGGAAGCCCAUUAAUUGAAACCUUCUGUGUUUUAAUGCCAUUGAAAUCAUCUUGUUCAUGUCUUUAUCAGUGAAAUGAUCUUACCUCACAUUCAAAGCUGCUCUUUAAAUUUGUGUAUCUGAAUAAAUGUUGUAAAUAUUCAUAAUAAACACGUGGAAAGGUUAA